AUCACAAAAAAAGCAAGAAACAUAAACAAUUAGCAAUUUUGAUAAAGAUUUGCUAAAAGGCGGCGUGUGUCAAAUAAUAAAGAAACAACCACAACAAACAUGGCGCAUUUGAUGGGCAAUGACAAUCCGAUUCAAAUGGCAGAGGACGAAUUCUUUGGCGAUUUGCAGGAAAUCCUUAAUGGCGGCUCCGAACAGAAUGGUCGUCCGCCCGUGACGCAGACUUUUCCACAGUCGGCCUCGUUGCCGGUGAUGCCAUCCCACAUACCGUUGCCCGUGCUGGCAACGCCAACAGCUCAACGUCGUCCCUACAUCCGCAUUGUGGAGGAGCCCACAAAUAAAAUCAUACGAUUUCGUUACAAGUGCGAAGGUCGUACAGCUGGCUCGAUUGCCGGCAUGAAUUCCACGGCGGAGUCAAAAACCUUUCCCACCAUCGAGAUUGUCGAUUACAGUGGACCCGUUGUCGUUGUCGUCUCGUGCGUCACCAGGGACAAACCGUAUCGCCAGCAUCCCCAUUGGCUGGUCAGCAAAGAGGAGGCGGACAACUGCAAGUCAGGUGUCUACAACAGGUUGCUGCCGCCCGAGGAGCGUCGCCUCGAAAUGCAGAAAGUGGGCAUUCAAUGUGUGAAGAAGACGGAUGUCCGCGAAUCUCUGCUUGCCCGUGAACAGAAGAAUAUUGAUCCAUAUCAUGCCAAAUUCGAUCACAAAGACAACAUCAGUGGCAUUAAUCUGUAUGAGCUGCGUCUGUGUUAUCAGGCCUUCAUCAAGGUGGGCAACAACCAUGUGCCAUUGGAUCCGGUUGUCUCAUCACCGAUCUACGGCAAAAGCAAUGAGCUGACCAUCAAUCGACUCUGCAGCUGCUCCUCGAAGUUGAGUGGCGGCGAUCAGAUCAUUAUGUUGUGCGAGAAGAUCAACAAGGAUGAUAUCCGGAUACGGUUCUUCGAGACUAACGAGGCUGGCGUCGAAAUCUGGGAGGCAUAUGCCGAAUUCCAGCCCACGGAUAUCUACAAACAGACGGCGAUUGUGUUUAAAACGCCUCGUUAUCGCAACACGGAGAUCCAGCACAGUGUCCAGGUGGAUUUACAGUUGCAACGACCCUCAGAUGGGGCGACGAGUGCCGCGCUGCCGUUCGAGUAUUAUCCGAAUCCAGGUAUGCUAACAUUUGCGCGAUUGCAGCGCAAGCUGAAGCGCAAACAGGAGCUGGACGUAUUCCAGCAGAUACUUUCACUAGAUAGCGAAACGACGGCCACGAAAUACUCGUGUCCCCCGCUCGACCUCAACGAGGACGAGAAUACGGUGUCCUCCGAUGAUCAACAGAGUUCCGGAACCCUAAAUGAAUUUGAAAUUGCUGUGCGAAAAAUACAACUCCGGCAACGUGGCGAAAUGGAGGCAAAUGAAGCGGAUGCAACAGUGAAUGAGUAUACGGAUCAGUUGGCCGAUGAUAAUGACGCAGAGCCGGAUAUGAUGAUGGAGAUUGAGUUGGAGGUGCCACAGUUGUUGCCCCAACUGGCCGAUGAUUGCACACAGACCUCAACUCCCAUGGAGGAGAUAUUGCAACAGCCCCAACUCCAAUCGCGGCCCCUCAGCAAUGUGGACAAGAUUAAUGAGUGGAUGCGUAGCAGUGAAUUUGAGCGGACGGAUAGUCUAACAGUUGAGAAUGGAGACACGCCCACUCUCUCCCACAGCACCGCCCAAACGGCGUUCACCAAUGUGAGCAGCCUGACAGCGAAUACAACCAUCACCAAUCAGCUGGAGGAUGAAGAAAAAGAUUGCAGCGUUUCACGCCGCAAUACGCUGGAAAAUGCAGAGCUGGGCGAGGAGCGGGAGCAGGAGCCGGAGCCGGAACUGGUGACUGCCAGUGCCCAGGCUUCUGUGGACAUAGAUGAGCACUUUGAUGAGACGGCAACGUAUACAAGUCUACAGAUUGCCUACAAUCAUCCCGUGGCAAUGCCACAAAAACAGGAUCAUAGCUAUCACGCCUCGAAUCCCUUCAGUCAGCUGGAUGAGGCAGAAUUGGUAGUCUUAACAAAUCCCCCAGCGCCCAAGAUACAAGUGAAUGCCGCCCAGACGCCAGCAACGCCGUCGACAUCACCUCCACUCCCGCUGCCGCCAAGAACACCCUCACCUGAUCCGGAUCAGAUUUUGCCACCAUUGCCGCCCAAGCCGCGUAAUUCCCAAGAUUUGAGUGUAAGCGAACACAGCGUCUCCAAUUCCGUCUCCUUGAGCCGAUCACGCAAUGGGAGUGUGAGCUCGACCAGGACUACACCUUCUCCUAUUAUUAUUAUGAGAACACCCGAUCAGAGUCCGACCAAGCGGCUGCCCGCUUCGGCAAGCACCUCGGCAGCUGCCUCGCCCAAAAAACGACAGGGUUUCUUCUCGAGACUCUUUUCACGGCGACGCAGCAGGACGGAGGAUGAGGAGACGACGAAGAGCAAACCGGAACAGGGGCAGCAGCAGGCGCAGGCGCAGCAGUUGCUGCCCAGUCGAGAGUUCUCGCUCAGCGAUCCCAAUAGGAGUUCGAUUAGAUCCUUGCAGCCACCACGCAGUAGUGGCAAAGCUGGAGUUGGACGCAGUUCGAGCAGCGUUUCCGGCAAGCGACCAACUUAUCUGGAUGCGGAUGUCAUCCAUAUACCCUUAAAGGGCAGCGGUGAUAGCGAGAACAGUCUGCUGCGACCCGAGAGCUAUUCGAAUGCCAGCACUUUGAGUUAUGGACGUCCCUUGGACAGGAAAACAUUGAGCACUCUGCAAUUGGCAGAUAUUCCGAUUAGUGAUGGCAACAUGGAGUUGGUGGCGAUUGCUGAUCGUCAAAGUAUUAGGAAUUUAUGUGAGGGUGCCUACGGUGUUGUGCUCGAUCCGAGUGUGGAUCUAUCGGAGGCGGAACAUUUUGCGUUGUACACGAGUAAAUCACCGGAACCGGAACGCGAAAUUGAGGAUGCUCCAACUGAUUAUUUGAGUGCCGAUGAAAUUGCUCGUCGGCUUGCCGAGGCCAACGGCCUGGCAGAUUAAUCAUUAUUGUUUCUAUAUAUAUAUAUUUAUAUAUUCAACUUUUA